AUGGUUGAUGAUUCUUUGUACAUUUCCACGUACGAGGCCGCGUUGGCGGUGGUAGCAACUUCCAUGAAGAAGGCCCGUCUCACAGUUGACAUGCUAAUUCUCAACUCUUUCAUGGGCGGGUUAUUGUUUGCAAGUGGAGGUAUGCUUCAUGCAGCGUUACAAGCCAAUUGUCCGGAACUUUAUAAGGCAAAUCCAGGUAUUAUAGAGUUCCUUCAAGGAUUCUUUUUCCCCAUUGGUUUGUUUUACGUUGUGGUACUUGGUGCUGAUUUGUUUAAUUCGAAUGUUCUUUACUUUGGUGUUGGAGUUUUACGAGGAGCAGUGUCAAUCUUUGAUGUUGUAAUAAGUUGGACUGUAAGUUACGCAUUCAACGUGGUGGGCAAUAUAUUCGUUUGCUAUGUGAUAGUGUGGUUUCUGCAUGUUGGGAAAGAGCCGUCAUACAAAGAAGCGUGCAUAGCUAUUACAAUGAAAAAGGCCCUGUUUUCGUUUGUGGAAACGAUGAUUAAAAGUAUGGCAGGUAAUUUUUUUGUCUGCUUGGGGGUUUAUCUUCAAAUAAUGGCCAAACCUUUACAUGUCAAAUUUAUAAUGAUAACAGUUCCUGUUUUCACCUUCAGUGCUGUCGGUUUUAGCCAUGCGAUCGCCGAUAUGUUUCUGCUCAUUAUGGGACUUGUAUGCUCGGCACCGAUAUCUGUUGGUAAGGUGGUGUGGAAAGUAAUGCUCCCUGAGGCCAUUGGGAAUAUAAUAGGCGGUGUUUUCUUCGCCAUCACCAUUCCAUGGUACUCGCAUUUGGUUUCUGUUGAGCACGAUCAGAAAAAGUUGAGGCUUCCAAGAUUUACUUUGCGAGAUGAACAGCCUGAAUUGAAUACUGACUCGCGAGUCAUACGACAGAAGGAACCGGAUCCCGAAGAAGAUGAUGAGGACGUUACGGAUUUGGCUUUAGAAAAGCACAAUAGUGAAAUUCUGAGGCAUAAUUCAUCGCAUAGAAGCAGUGCAAGUUCUAUGGUUGGCUACUCUCCGGCCCCAUUUUACAAUGAGUCUGUUGCUCGCACACGGUCGAGGCUCUCAAGAACAAAUACCAAUGUAUCAGUUGGCUCUCGGGGUCCUCAUGCCAGAUCGCCAAGAAAUGUAUUUCCAGUUUAUGGAAUGGGCAAGCCACUCGAACGAGAAACGUCAAUUGCUUCAGGUGUUCGCCCAAACGAGGAAGAUGAAGAUCGAUUGAGUGAAUCUAUUCGCAGCUUUCAUGAUUCUGACGACAACGUCCCAUCGGCAGAUUACAUUGGUCUGCAAAUAAAGCGUCUCGUUUCGAGAAAAUCAACGCGAACAGUUGAUGAAGAACAAGCAGUUUCAAGACGGCCAUCUUUCGCGCUGAUACGCCAAAAUUUCGCGCGUCGCUCCUCUAAUGCCCGAAGAGCCUCCACAAGUUCUCAGCGAAUCAAUAAAGCCAAUCUCUCACCUAUAUCUUUGGAUGUGGCAGAUGCCACUGCAGGCACUUCAAGUGCGAUUCAAGAAGAGGAAAGUCCAAAAGAUUGA